UCUGCUUACUUUGACAGGCCAUCUGAUGAAAAUAACAUUCUCACUGCACCCGCCGAUCUUAUAUUUCCUUCUGCCAAUCCAUGGCGACCCGGCCCGCACCCAAAUACAGACCCGGGAAAACAAGAUCAAGCUCUUUUAUUCAAAAUCUUUACAAAAACCCCAAAAUUCCAUUUUCUUUUCUUUUGCUUCUCGCAGAUUCUCUUCUUACUGCCCUCAUCAUCGCUUAUGUUCCUUAUACAAAGAUUGAUUGGGAUGCUUACAUGUCACAGGUUAAUGGAUUUAUCGAAGGAGAAAGAGAUUACAACAAUCUGAAAGGGGAUACAGGACCUUUGGUUUACCCGGCCGGCUUUCUUUAUAUAUACUCCGCCAUACAAUACAUUACAGGAGGCGAGGUCUAUCCUGCCCAGAUUCUCUUUGGUGUGCUCUACAUUGUGAAUCUGGGAAUAUUGCUAUUCAUUUAUGUCAAGACUGAUGUGCUACCUUGGUGGGCUCUCACUUUGCUUUCGUUAUCUAAAAGAGUGCAUUCAAUCUUUGUCCUUCGUCUGUUCAAUGACUGUUUUGCGAUGACUCUUCUCCAUGCAUCUUUGGUUCCACUUCUUUACCAGAAAUGGCAUUUUAGUUUAAUUAUGUUCAGCUUAGCUGUUUCAGUGAAGAUGAAUGUGCUUCUUUAUGCUCCUCCGUUGCUUCUUCUCAUGCUUAAGGCUAUGGACAUUAUUGGGGUAAUAUCAGCUUUAGCAGGUGCGGCACUAGUGCAGAUUCUGUUGGGGUUACCGUUUCUAUGGGCAUAUCCAAUUGAAUAUCUAUCUAAAGCCUUCAAUCUUGGACGAGUAUUUAUCCACUUCUGGUCUGUCAACUUCAAGUUUGUCCCUGAGCCAAUUUUUGUGUCAAAGGCUUUUGCUCUCAGUUUACUAGGUGUUCAUCUCGGUUCUCUUAUGAUUUUUGCGCAUUAUAGAUGGUGCAAGCAUGAAGGAGGAUUGGUAUCAUUCUUGCAUUCUAAAUUAGUCCAAAUACAGUUUAAAAGUCACGUUACCAGCUCCUUUCCUCUUCAUGUUAGCACUGGAUUAAAGCGGCUUAAAACAGAGCAUAUUGUUACAACAAUGUUCACUGGAAAUUUUAUUGGCAUCGUGUGUGCGCGGUCUUUGCACUACCAAUUCUACUCCUGGUACUUCUGUAGCUUACCAUAUCUUUUAUGGAAAACGCCUUUUCCAACUAUAGUCCGGCUGCUGCUGUUUGCAGGGGUGGAAUUGUGCUGGAAUGUUUUCCCCUCCACCGUCUACUCAUCCAUCACACUUUUUUGUUUACAUAUAAUCGUCUUAUGGGGUCUUUGGAAGGCGCCACCUGAAUAUCCAUACGAAAAUGAGAAACAGCUGGCUGGGAAGAAGGUCAAAUGAAUUUCAUAGCUAAUGGUUUUUAUUUUGGGUAUAAUUCCAUUGUCUCUGUUUUGUUUUAUUUUAAUGUUUGUACUUUAAUCAUUAUAGGACUAACUCAAAGUGGGUACCAUUGUAUGUGUUAAGGGUGUUUGUUUUGUUUAUGUAAUGGUCCCUUGAGUCUUACAGUUAACUGCGAUGACAAAGACAAUGCUUACUACAGAUGGCUAAUAUACAUUUUUUCUGUUCUAAA